AUGGCUCUGCUGGUCUCACUUCCUGGAGGGAUUCCGGACAUGGCAUGGGUCCUGCUUCUGCUGCUGCCAGCAGCAUGCCUGCAAGCUGGGAACUCAGCAGGAUCCAACAGAGUAAAUACGUUUGGUGUCAACCAACCAGAAAACCUCUCUGGUGUCGAGGGCGACUCCAUCGAGAUCCCCUUCUCCUUCUACUUCCCCUGGGAGUUGGCAAAGGAUCCACGGAUGAGGAUUCUCUGGAGAUGGCAGCACUUCCAUGGGGAAUUUAUCUACAACUCCUCCUCGGGUUUCAUCCAUGAGCAUUUCAAGAACCGACUCAUCCUGAACUGGACACAGCCUCAGACAUCUGGAGCCCUCAAAAUCCUGGACUUGAAGGAGCAGGACCAGACAGUGUACAUCUGCCGUAUUUAUUUGAACACAAAACAUGGCAUAGAGCAGUGGCAGCCAAUUGGUGGAACCCAACUCACCAUCACCCGUAGAGAGGACAUCCCAGCCCCCAGGACCACCUCUCCAAGUCCCAGCACUGUAACUUCUACACGCACCAAAAAUACCCUCACGGCCACAGAAGGUCAGAUGAGCAGAGAAAAUAAGACCCUGGAUCUGGGAACCACAGUUGGGUUGGCAGUGGCUGCUGCUGUGCUCCUGGCUGGGGUUUUGGGAUUGAUGCUGUUCCUCAGGUGGAAGAGGAGGAAAGGUCAGAGGACUAAAGCCGAAACCCCAGCCAGGGAACUCAUUGAAAACACAGAGAAAUGUGAGCAAGUUGAGCCCAAAGGAAAACAUAUGGACCCCAAUGAGAACCCCAAGUGGCCCAAGACAGGGGAUGUUCCAAAUGUUAGCAGCUGUCCACAUGAUGUGGAUGUGCACCCAUCGUGUGGAACACAAGGCCCGAAGGUUCUUCAGAGCAAUGUCCCCAUUUUCAUGACGUGGCUGCUGUGUCUUCUGAUCCCGGCCUCUCCUCGGUAG